ACAGCGCCGCCCACUACAACCACGGCUCCGCCUACAACCACCACAGCGCCACCGACUACAACUACAGCUCCGCCUACAACCACCACAGCGCCACCCACAACCACCACAGAGCCACCCACUACAACCACGCCUCCACCUACAACUACAACGGAGCCACCCACUACUACUACGCUUCAGACUACAACUACCAUACAUUGUGAUCCACCGCCAAAUAUAGACAACACCAUCAUAGACUGUGUCGCCCCCUACAAACAUGGGGACGAGUGUACCUACACAUGCAUCGCUGGGUACUGUCCGGAUCCAGACGGCGGCACCGGCAACAUGGUGACCUGCGUGGAUGGAGUUUGGUUUUGGAAUAAUCUUCCCCCCAUGGAAUGUAAAAAGGAUUGUGAUCCACCGCCAAAUAUAGACGACACCAUUAUUGACUGUGUCGCCCCCUUCAAACAUGGGGACGAGUGUAACUACGAAUGCAAAAACGGGUUCUGUCCGGAUCCAGACGGCGGCACCGGCAACAUGGCGACCUGCGAGGAUGGAGUUUGGGUUUGGGAUAAUCCUCCUCCCAUAGAAUGUAAAAAGGAUUGUGAUCCACCGCCAAAUAUAGACAACACCAUCAUAGACUGUGUCGCCCCCUACAAACAUGGGGACGAGUGUAACUACGAAUGCAAAAACGGGUUCUGUCCGGAUCCAGACGGCGGCACCGGCAACAAGGCGACCUGCGAGGAUGGAGUUUGGGUUUGGGAUAAUCCUCCUCCCAUAGAAUGUAAAAAGGAUUGUGGCGCACCACCAGUGCUAGACAACGCCAAUCAAAACGGCUGUGUCGCCCCCUACAAACAUGGGGACGAGUGUAACUACCAUUGCAUCGCUGGGUUCUGUCCGGAUCCAGACGGCGGCGCCGGCGACAUGGUGACCUGCGAGGAUGGAGUUUGGGUUUGGGAUAACCCUCCUCCCAUAGAAUGUAAAAUGGAUUGUGGCCCACCACCAGUGCUAGCUAACACCAAUCGAGGCGGAUGUGUCGCCCCCUACAAACAUGGGGACAAGUGUAACUACCAUUGCAUCGCUGGGUUCUGUCCGGAUCCAGACGGCGGCACCGGCAACAUGGUGACCUGCGAUGAUGGAAUUUGGGUUUGGAAUAACUUUCCCAUGUGGAUUGUGGCCCACCACCAGUGCUACCCAACACCAUCCGAGGCGGAUGUGUCGCCCCCUACAAACAUGGGGACAAGUGUAACUACCAUUGCAUCGCCGGGUUCUGUCCGGAUCCAGACGGCGGCACCGGCGACAUGGUGA